AUUGGUCGCGGCUCUCCCAUCUCAGCAACAUUUCCAUUCAUACACCCGGCGCUCCUUUUCAGCCCCCUUUCAAAAUAACUCACUGUCAUCGUCAUUGGGAAAACGGUUUUGCCUGGACGGGACUAAUUAUUUAGAAAUUGGAGUGAGGAGUGAUUAAAUCGAAAAAGACCAAACGACCGACACACUAACGACAGGGCCCACCGGACACUGAGCACCCUUGGGCCUGUCUGUCAAGUAGACAUGUUUCAAACUGUCCCUGACACGUCGUCUUACGUUAAGGUAAGACACCACCGUCUCUUCGAUCAGGAGGCGCUAUCAGUGGUGAGUGAAGACCAGUCCUUAUUUGAGCCUCCGUACGCUGCUGCUGCCCCUCUCCCCAAGACAGACAUGACUGCAUCUGGCACACAGGACUACGGCCAGACUCACAAAAUCAACCCCUUACCCCCACAGCAGGAGUGGAUCAACCAGCCAGUGCGGGUCAACGUCAAGAGAGAAUAUGAGCACAUGAAUGGAUCCAGGGAGUCUCCAGUGGACUGCAGUGUGGGUAAAUGCAAUAAGCUGGUGGGGGGUAAUGACACAUCUCAGAUGAACUAUGGAAACUACAUGGAUGAGAAGAAUGCCCCUCCCCCUAACAUGACCACCAAUGAGCGGAGAGUCAUUGUACCUGCAGACCCGUCGUUGUGGUCCCAGGACCAUGUGCGCCAGUGGCUAGAGUGGGCCAUCAAGGAGUACGGCCUGUUAGAGAUCGACACGGCCAUGUUUCAGAACACAGACGGCAAGGAGCUCUGCAAGAUGAGCAAGGACGACUUCCUCCGGCUCACCACCAUGUACAAUGCUGAAGUGCUUCUCUCUCAUCUCAAUUACCUCAGGGAAAGUAGCUCAUCAUUAUCCUACAAUACACCAGCUCACACAGACCCAUCCCCACGCCUGGCUGCCAAAGAGGACCCUUCAUAUGAUGCUGUACGGCGGACAGGAUGGUCAAACAACAUGCACAGCGGCAAAGGCUCACCAGUGGUUACCCAAAAUGUGACCAAGUCCACUGAGCAGCCUAGAGCUCAGCCAGAUCCUUACCAGAUCCUGGGUCCCACCAGUAGUCGCCUAGCCAACCCAGGUUCAGGUCAGAUCCAACUGUGGCAGUUCCUCCUGGAGCUUUUGUCUGACAGCUCCAACGCCGGCUGCAUCACCUGGGAGGGCACCAAUGGUGAGUUCAAGAUGACAGACCCCGACGAGGUGGCGCGGCGCUGGGGCGAGCGUAAGAGCAAGCCCAACAUGAACUACGACAAGCUGAGCCGUGCACUGCGCUACUACUAUGACAAAAAUAUCAUGACCAAGGUGCAUGGCAAGCGCUACGCCUACAAGUUCGACUUCCAUGGCAUUGCUCAGGCACUGCAGCCGCACCCUACCGAGUCUUCCAUGUAUAAGUACCCCUCGGACCUAGCCUAUGUGCCUUCCUACCAUGCCCACCAGCAGAAGGUCAACUUUGUAUCCCCACACCCUCCAUCCAUGCCCGUCACCUCCUCCAACUUCUUUGGACCCACUGCUCCGUACUGGAGCUCGCCCACUGCAGGCAUCUACCCCAACCCAAAUGUUCCCCGCCACCCAAACACCCAUGUGCCUUCCCAUCUGGGCAGUUACUAUUAAAACAUCCCUUUCUGUCCAUCCACACCCCCCCCCUCCCCACAACGAAGUCCACAAUUGCUGACCUGCACUCCCAGUGACGCCAAACCAAUGAAGACUGAAUUGAUAGAGGCAUUUGUCCUCUGAAGAAAUUUUGCUCCUAAAUGAAGGAUGAUUAAAUUGAAGGAGUUUUUUAUAUGUAAGAAUUUAUAAACAACUGGAUGCUAUGCUCCAAAAUGGAAUACUACUUAAUUUUACAAGACUAGCAACUGUUUGUUUAUGUUUUUUGGACGUGCAUCUGAGUUUUCUGUGCCUUUCUGUUACCCAUCCUCCUGAAAGCUGCACCUACAGGUGUCCUUCCCAAACCAAAGCCUGAGGACAGCUGAAAGAAGCCGAGUCUGUCUGCCUCCCCACCCUGCUACAGUACCAGACAUGGGCCUAUUAUUUAUGGGUCUCAAUCUACAUCCUCCUCAGUACAUUAUGUACAUUAUGCUUUGAAGCAUCUACCUUUUUCCGCUAGUCUACAGCCUUGCCGGGGUUUCUUAUUCCCACCGCAUUUACCCUUCUGUUUCCACUGUCUCCAUCUGCUUGUCUGUCCAUCUGCAUCUUUUUAUGUGUGUGUAGAGAGUCUUCUGGAAUUCGCUGGAUAAGGAGGGGCUCUCAAAGAGAUGGACUUUUCUCAGCACUGAAUGAAAUUUGGCAACUGGAAUAUGCCAUUCACAAUUUAAUUUAUCCUCCAAACUGGAAGGCUAGAGAAGAGUUAAAUGCCAGAGAAGGAAGCGCUGUAUGUUUUGCUGACCUGGGUCAACUCAGUUACUUAAAAUGCUCUCUGUGUGUCGUGUGUGGAGUUCAAGAUGGGGUGAUGUGUACAGUUGACUCGUUUGUGCUGGGAAAGCCGAGUCAAGAUGUAAUUGAAGUAAUUUGCAACAAUAAUUCAACCCAGGUCAGGAUGUUUUCAGGGGGCCACACACUAGGCUAUUAAAUGUUUGCCAUGUUGUUGCCUUUCGGCCAUGCCAUUUCCAGAUGUUUUGUUGCUCGACCAUGUCAGUAUUAAUGUGAAUGUCUUCUGGUUUGUGAACACGCGUAAAAGGGAUACCCUGCAGCAAAAUCAAAAUUUGUCAGAUGUUUUCAUUUUGUAAAAACAUUUAAUGGAGAAAUGAAUUCCUUCACACUUCACACAAGACCAUGACCACCUGCACCUGUCUAAAUCUAAAACAUGAGACUGCCUUUUUGCAGAUGCGAUUAUGUAGGUGUUAUCUACAUGAAAAAGCUUGAGGUUAUAUGUUGAUAAGUAGAUGUUUUUGUUUGUUUGUUUUUAUCCAAAGGACCUUAGAGUGCCAUGAGUGCCUCUACUUUUACGGAGAUGGUUUACUAUGUGCCAUAAUGAGACCCAAAAACUUAACCAUCUGUGUGUUAGUGCCACAACUUAACUGCUGUUAUAUACCAUAUAUUUUCUAUAUAUUAAGGAUAAAACAGCAUUACAUCUUAAAAAUGAGGAUAGUAGGAUAUGCAUAUUAUUUCUAUGUCUGACCAGAAAUCUGACAAUUUUUGAUUUUGAAGUGCACUCCGACAGCUGCCCUAGUGUCUCCUUCCUCUAUGUAGGCCAGUCAGGACCAUAUAGGUCAGCACAGAGAAGUGGCUUAGCAGUAAGUCAUGUUAGUCGACAGUCAAGUUGCAUUUUUUUUUUUUUUUUAAUGGGGCUGGAUCCUAGUUUGAGAGCAGCAUGUGUGUUUGAAUGUUAGUUUCUCACUGAUCUAGAGCCCAGCAAAAUGCACAUGAAUCUCAAGUCAGGAUGUAAUCAUCAUCAUGUAACAGUAUCAUGUCAAAACAUAUCCAUCUUCAGGUGUUCAAAGCUGUUAAUAGCAAACGUAUUCCUUUAGAGUAACUGAAAAUGGACACUUGAAAAUAAAUUACUUGGGACUAAGUAGUUUAUCUGAGAAAAAACCAAUAAAGUAUGACGAGAUGAAACAAAGAAAUCCUCAGAUUCGCAAACGCUGUGCGUUUGUCAGACCUAUUUUUUAUUAUUUUAUAAGCAUCAGUCAACUAGGCAUUAAAGCAACUUACUGUAUAAAUUAUGCAGAGUUAUUUUCAUAUGUGACACAGUAUAAAAAAGUCAAGAGAAUUAAUACGAGUUGACCUCGGUCAAAAAUGCAAACCUUUUAAGUCCAUUUCUGCUAAGUAGUUUGUUCAGCAUUUAAGCGUUUUUAUAUCUGUACAUUUGGGCAAUACAUUUUAACAGUUUUUGUUUUCUUGUUAUUGUUAUUGUUUCCGAAAUCCAGUGGUAACAUCCUAAAUGCCUUUAAGUGGACAAGAUAUUUUCUUGUAUUCUUAAAACCACAAAUGCCUGCUUAAAUCAUAAUCCAAUAGCCAGGGACUCCUUUACUCUAUAUGCAACAUGUGAUUAAGAUGGUUUGUUUCCAUUUCAAAUCACUUUUUUUAUGCCAGAUAGCCCUGGGGUUGGUAGCUUUUCCUGUGCAUUAAAGAAUUUCAGGUAUUUUAUGCAAAAUAAUACCAACAGUAUUAAUAUCCACAAACAGCUUCUCCUGAAAAUUUAUAGCUUUAAAAGAACAAAUAAAAAAGGGAACAUGUAAUUUGUAACAUAAAGAAAUUAUUGUAAUGUACCCUUAACUUCCAUGUUUCACAAGCAUUAUCAAUGAAAAGGGAUCUGUGCUACUUCAUAUAUGCAAUGUAUUUUGGAUAUCAAAUAUAUAUAUAUAGUAUAUAUAUAUGUGUGUGUGUAUAAUUUUACAAUUAACCAAUGUAUUAUUAUUAUUAUUGUCAUUCCUGAAAUGUAUGAAUACCUUUUGGAAAAGGCCUUUUGUAUAGGAAAAUGUGACAAAAUAAAUGUUUUUACCUCUCA